CCUCUGUCUUUAAGAACGGUUGCUGUGCGCUUCUCCGCCACAGGAGAGCGCGGAUGUAACACAUCCAGUACCGGGGGGCGUUUCACUGUGUUAAAUCAGGACAAAGUGAAGGAUCCACGAGAAAGGAGGAGAGUGAUAAAGGAGCAAAUCGGAGUUUGCAGUGACAAUGUCUCGUAAGGAGAGUUCCCCCCGAGCGCAGAGUGAGCGACUGCUCAUUAAAGGAGGGUGUGUGAUUAACGAUGACCAAUCGUUCUUCGCUGACAUCUAUGUGGAGGACGGAGUCAUAAAGCAGCUGGGCGAAAAUGUGACUGUGCCAGGUGAUGUACGGGUGAUAGAGGCGGGGGGCCGGCUGGUGAUGCCCGGUGGUAUCGAUGUAAACACCUGUCUGCAGAAGCCUUACCUGGGCACCAUGCCAGCUGAUGACUUUUAUGAGGGCAGCAGAGCCGCCCUCGCUGGAGGAACCACCAUGAUCAUUGACCAUGUGUGUGUACAGCGGGGUGAGUCUCUGUUGCAGGCGUUUGAGAAGUGGCAGGAGACUGCAGACAAGAAAAGCUGCUGCGAUUUUUCACUCCACGUGGAUGUUCCAGACUGGAAUGAUACGAUCAGAGAAGAGCUCCACACGCUCGUCCAGGAGAAAGGUGUCAACUCUUUCCAGGUUUUCAUGGCUUACAAGGAUGUGUGUCAGCUGUUUGAUUCACAGCUGUAUGAGGUGAUGGAGUGUCUGAGGGAUUUAGGUGCAGUGGUUCUGGUUCAUGCGGAAAAUGGAGACCUGAUUGCUCAGGAACAGAAUAAGAUUCUCAGUCUGGGUAUCACUGGACCAGAGGGACAUGUGCUGAGCAGGCCAGAGGAGCUCGAGUCUGAGGCUGUGUUCCGAGCUGUAACGCUUGGCAACAGCACUAACUGUCCUGUGUACAUCACCAAAGUGAUGAGUAAAGGAGCUGCUGACAUUGUGGCUGCAGCCAGGAAGAGAGGGUCUGUGGUGUUUGGGGAGCCAAUCACAGCCAGCAUAGCUUCGGACGGCACACACUAUUGGAGCAAAAACUGGGCCAAAGCUGCUGCGUUUGUGACAUCACCACCCCUCAGCCCAGACACCACGACCCCAGAUCACCUAACCUCCAUGUUGGCCUGCGGGGAGCUGCAGGUGCUUGGCAGUGCACAUUGUGUGUACUCCAUUUCCCAGAAAGCGAUUGGGAAGGAUGAUUUCACUCUUAUUCCUGAGGGAACCAAUGGCAUAGAAGAGAGAAUGUCCUUCAUCUGGGACAAAGGAGUGGCUGCUGGGAAGAUGGAUGAGAAUCAGUUUGUUGCCGUGACAAGCACCAAUGCAGCGAAACUCUUUAACCUUUACCCCCGUAAGGGCCGUGUGGCUGUGGGCUCUGAUGCUGAUCUCAUCAUCUGGGACUCAGACAAGAUCCAAACCAUUACAGCCAAGUCUCAACAUUCGAUGGGGGAGUUUAAUAUCUUUGAGGGACAGGAGGUUCGGGGAGGACCACAGGUCGUGCUGAGUCAGGGUCGGGUUGUUUUUGAUAAUGGCACCCUCAACGUCCAGCCAGGAUCCGGACGCUUCAUUCCGCGUAAAGCCUUCCCUGACUAUGCCUACCAGCGCAUUCGCAUGAGGAACAAGGUCUCUGCCCUGCAACCAGUUUCCCGUGGCGUCUAUGACGGGCCUGUCUGUGAUGUUCCUCCUACACCUAAAUACUUAACUCCUGCACCUUCUGCUAAAACUUCACCUGCCAAGAACCAGCCUGCUCCAAUCAGAAACCUGCACUUGUCCAACUUUAGCCUGUCAGGGCCGGAAUACCCACAAGCUUCCCAGGCGGAUGAGAAUGGCCCCCGCCGGGCCUGCCACCGCAUUGUGGCGCCCCCCGGAGGACGCUCCAGCAUCACCAGUUUGGGCUGAGAGAAAACAGCUCUCUCAACUUACUCACAGUGAAACCAAUGGUGCUUAUUGCCUCUGCCCAGAGAAACCUGGAGCAGAAGUGUUAGUGUGUGUGUUUAUUACUGCAUGUGGAUAGUGGGUUACCUGCAUGUCAAGUCUGAUGCUGCUGUUAAGUGCUUCUAGUGUUCUUCUCUUGGAUGAGAUAUGACCCUACACGUUCUUUAAAGGAAUACAGUUUUUCAGUUUAAUCUUUAUCUGCCACAUCUGUGUUGUUUUGUAUAUUACCACGGACAAUAAUUUUGACGCAUCUGCUUUUCCCUUUUCCCAGAAAAGCCAAUAAGUUGAAAAUCACUUAAUUUCCAGUGAACACUAUUAAGCACAGGUUUCUUUUUUAUCGUCAGGAAAAAGCACAAAACUUCAUUUAACAGAAAAUUAACCUAACUGUCUAACCUUUGCUUUUAUCACAGCUUGCGUGCUUUCAGGUUUUCAAAGGAAUCUGCAGGAAGUGUUCUUCCACACCUCCAAAAGUCAGUUAAACAAGUUAGAAUUUUUUGGGUUCACAUGAUUUAAGUAAUCUUAAAAACACAGAAUGAUGUUGAGGACUGGACUCUGGGGUAGUCAGUUCAUUGUUCUCAGAGCACUAGCAGUUUCUUUGAUUUGCAGAUUUUCUUUUUUUGUCAAUUUCCUUUUUUCAGUAACUGCUUCUUGACAGCUACACAUUCUUGAUUUUCUCAAUUGAUUUUCUCCUCUCUCUCAAAGAUGAAAGCUGUUUAUCUUUUGGGGACAGUUUUGGUGUUGUUACGAGUCCUCUUUUCUUUAUGUCUUUUAAUCAAUUUUUGAACUCCACUUUUCAAAAGUCCUGUUUUUCAUUUGACUUUGCUAUAGAUGUGGCAGAUGGAGAUUAGGGUGAAAAAUGCUGAAGUAUUCCUUUAACCCCUAAAAAUCCGACCAGAGAAAGUGUCUGCAUCUGUAACUGUUUUGUAGGAUGUUAAGGAGAUUUUACUUUGAGUCUAGGACCAAAAUACCAACAAGGUCCCAGAGAUCUUGAAGCAAAACCCAAAUUUCUGUAUCUUUACUGCUGUUUUUGUACCUGUUUUUUAAUUUAUUAUAGACACCAUAGC